AAAACUCUCCCCAGUUCACCCCCAGCCUCGAGGAGUCACACUUACAAUGACUGAUUCAAAUGAUAAGAAGCCGACGGACGGCGAGAGCGGCAGCCUUAAAAAGAGCAAAAAGAAGCAAAAGAAGGAGGAUGCAUGGAGACCAGCGGGACCCAGAGACCCGUUUGCACUGCUGGACUCUCUGCCAGAGAAGAAGCAGCAGGAGAUCCAGAGAGCCCUUCACCUCUUCUCCUUGGGCCCAAGUACGCCGAAAACCCUGCAGCAGGCCAAGAAACACGCUUACAGCUUCUGGAACACGCAGCCUGUUCCCAAACUGGGUGACAAUAUUACGACUCACGGCCCGAUAGCAGAGGGUGAGGCCAGUGUCCGAGAGGAACCAUACUCACUCCCUCAGGGUUUCUCCUGGGACACUCUGGACCUGAGCAGCCCUCCAGUGUUAAAAGAACUGUGCAGUCUGCUAAACGAGAACUACACAGAAGACGAUGACAACACCAUCCGACUUGACUUCUCUCUGGAGUAUCUGCAGUGGGCUUUACAACCUCCUGACUGGCUGCCCCAGUGGCACUGCGGCGUCAGAGUGGACACCAAUAAGAAGCUGGUCGGCUUCAUUGCUGCCGUUCCUGCAGAUGUUCGCAUAUAUGAGACGGAGAAGCGGGUGGUGCAGGUCAAACUCUUAUGUGUUCAUAAGAAACUGCGCUUCAAGCGGAUGACUCCAGUUCUGAUCCGAGAGCUCACCAGACGGGUGAACCAGCAGGGCCUCUACCAGGCGCUCUACACGGCCGGCAUAGUGCUGCCCACACCAAUCAGCUCCUGCAGACUCUGGCAUCGCCCUCUGAAUCCCCGUAAGCUGAUGGAGGUCAACUACCCAGGUCUGAGACAGAACACGAGCCUGCAGAGAGCCCUCAAGUUGAACCGCCUACCUGAGGCGACAAAGGUACGAGGUCUGCGCCCCAUGACCAAAGAAGAUGCUCCGGGGAUACAGUCGCUGCUCCAGAAAAACCUCUGCAAGUUUCAGCUCAGCCCCCUCCUGUCUCCUCAGGAAGUAGAGCACUGGUUGUUGCCGAGGGAGGAUGUGGUUGACACCUAUGUGGUGGAGAAUGAUGAUGGUGCGCUGACAGAUGUGGUGAGUUUCUAUAGCGUCUCCUCCAGAGUGCUGAAUCACCCGGUUCACUCCAGCCUCAGAGCUGCUCAUCUCCUCUACACUGCCUCUGCUGCCACAGAGCUGACCGACCUCAUGGAGGACGCGCUGGUCCUGGCUAAAGCUAAAGGUGUCGACAUCUUCUGUGCCCUCGAUGUGAUGGACAACCAGAGUUUCCUGGAGACGCUCAAGUUCACUAUCAGCGACCGGAGUGUUCAUUACUUCCUGUACAACUGGAUGUGCCCUAAUAUGAGCCCAGACAAGGUGGGCUUGGUGUUCCCCAACUGACCUGAAGGCAGAAGCAGUGAAGAUGAAGGGAAGCGGACUGAGUGGCAGGACAGCGGACGUCAAGCUGCGCCAACAUUAAUAAACAUGAAUUUGGGUUUAAAAAAUAAACUGCAAAACACUUACUCUUCCAAAUCAA